AUGAAAUUCAUAUCGACUAUUGUGUUGUUGCUGUUGUCGGUGACAGUCAGUGCGGUAGUCAUUGAUCGUCCAUCUGCCAGCGAAUCAGAACCUGUAAAAGAAUGUUCAACACAAAUGCAGCAACACACUGGUAUUUGUGCUUCAACUGGAACAGAACAACAAUCAACUGAAUCCAAUCAUGAUGUAGCUCAGUCGACUGUAGAUCCUGAUGAUUCAGACAGUUCUGUUGAAGAGUCCGAUGAAUUAUCGUCAUACUCUGAGUCCAAACAGUCAGAUGAUGAUAUAUUUGACAACACACUAUAUGACGACAUCUGCCAUCUCCCUAAAAAAUAUGUCCCAGAGAAUGAACGGCCCAUUCUCACACAUCAACAAAGGCUGGAUAGAGUCGAAAAAAUAAUGAAGAAUAUGGGUAUGGAAAUUCCAACUGAUGUUGGAGACGGAUAUCCGCACAAGAUGAGCACCAAGGCAAAGGAAAGAAUACUAGAAGCUAAACAAAAGGAGCGUAGAAUGAGCUCAUCUGAUAAAAAGAAAUUCAGGAAACUGAGACUAGGAAGAUUAUGGGUGUGUCGCAAGUUGGCUCUUGAACCUAUCGAAGAAGAAUCAAUCAGAGUUGUAUCUGAACCUACUCCAGAAUUAAAAUCCAUCUUGAAACCCGGAUCUACUUUUAAACCCCACGGCUCAAAACACGAUCAUUCUAAAAAACAUCAGCAGAAAUCAAGUCACGAUGCUGGUUCAAGGGAAGCUAAAGUACACUUUGUACCAACGACUAAAAUUGCUAGAUAUUCAAGUGAAUCUAGUGUACUGCAAGAAUAUGAUAUUCAACUUCCUUCAUUACCAACCGCCAAUGCAAUACUGACACCGACUGAUAACGAUGAUUCACCACAAGCAUCAGGCACUUCUAGUCAAGUGUCCGUUUCAACUAAUGAACCUAAUCCAGACACUUCAAAUGAAUACCAGCAAGAACCAGUGGAUUUGAGUAUUCACAACCGAAUCCAACAACAGCCAAUGGAUCAACCUAAUCCAAAUACUCCCGGUCCAAACCAGCGACCGACUGUGAUUGUAGCUGGUCCAAAUAUUCUCAAACAAGGCCGAAAACGCAUAAUUGGUGUGAUUGAUUUAACCACAUCCGACCAAGACCAACAACAACCAACUGAUGUAGCUGGACCGAGCACUCCCAAACGAGGUCAAACACAACCAAUUGAUCAGUCCAGCCCAAGUACUUCCAGUCAAAACCAGCAACAACCAAUGGAACAAGGCGAGUCUGCCAAUACUGUUCCAGAUCAAGUGGCUGUAUUAGGCCCAAAAUAUCAGAGAAGCUUUAAUCGUAUAAAGAAAAGGCUUGUAGAGUCUAAAGAAUUACGAAACAAAAAACGCGAAGAAUAUUGUAAAUCUAUGGCUCUUAAAUUUGAACAAUGGUCAGCAUUAGAAAGAGGAGAAGAAAUAUCAGGAUCAAAGUACAAUCCAGACACUGAAAAUCAAUUGAAGCAAGAGUAUGAAAAGGCAAGCAGAAGAGUAUACAGUAUCAGACAUGAUCUGAAAGUGUUUAUGGAAAAGCAUGGUUUGAAAUUUGAAGAACCGGACUCGGAUUGA